AGGCGUUUUUGGCGGUGGCGGCGGAGGCGGGGGGUGGAGGUGGUGGAGGUGGAGGAGGCGGCCAGCGACAAGUGUGCCGCAAUUACAGUCGAACUGGGACGGCGCACCUUCCUCAGAUUCGAGCUCCCCUUUUGGUGCCUCGUCAUCUUCGCCCUUUGGCGCUCAGCCGGCCUCGAGUCCCUUUGGCGCUCCUUCUUCCUCUCCUUUCGGCACCGCGGCUCCUUCCUCUCCCCGCAGCCCCCGAGCGGCUUCAGCGACGUGGCCCACCAGUUUGUCAAGUUCUUCUACGAGGCCUUCUGCUCCGCCAGAAGAAGCGAGCUUCAAGUUUUGUUGAGGGAUGAUAGCUGCUUGACGCUGAACGACCAGAAGCUGGGAGGCCGCGAGCGAAUCAUGCAACAGUUCAUGAGCUUGCCGAUGGACCUCGGUAACCUACAGAUCAGGAACCUGGAGUCUCAUCCAACGGGACCCGACAUGAGCAGUGUGCUCAUCUUGGUUAUGGGCUCCGUCCAGAUGUCGAACGCGCAGCUGCAGAUCAAUCACGUCUUCGUGCUGAUGAAAGCGCAGGAGGGCCAGUACUGGAUAUCGAACAUGAUCCAGCGCUGGAGCCAGUAG